UAAUGUAUCAUUUAGACUGUAUAGUAUAUAUAGCACCGUACGCUUUUACUCUGAAGUCAAGAUUUUGAGAGGCAGCUAUCCUUGAGAGCGAUUGUACUAUACAUUGACAACUCAGUUACCUCGGUAGGCAAAACUUUAGCUUUAAAGGGAAGCGACAGCUUUCGUAAAGCCAGCCUUACAGUACAUAUGGCCCUUUCUAGUAUUUUAUACCAUGGUAUCAAUGAGAGUGAUAAUGAUGCUGAUACCGAAGGAGACAGCGUGUCUGAUUCCCAUGGGGAGGAAUCGGCUGAUGAUGGUACUAAACUGAAGCACUGUAGUCUAAAGGAAACAGACGAGGAUCUAACUAAGGGACAAAGCUCUUCGUGGCACGCAGCUUGGAACUUAUUCAACAUGGUAGAAGGCACUGGGAUACUUGGUCUACCGUACGCUGUGAAGGAAGGUGGACUAGUGGUGAUCUUUGGGCUUGCUAUCUUGGCCUUGAUUUCAAACUACACUGGUCAGAUUUUGAUUAGCUGUCUUUAUGAGACUGAGGAGGAAGCCAAAGCCACGGACGAUGCCUUUUCAGAACAUGAAAACAACGAGAAAGAUCAAACUAAAGUCGAGAAGACCGUCACGAGAAAGCGAGUACGAGCAACGUAUGAAGACGUGGGUUCAGUGUGCUUCCCGUACCUUGGCGGCAAACUUGUCAUAACUGUUCAAAUAUUGGAGCUGAUUUUCGUGUCCACGCUCUACUUAGUUCUCUGUGGUUCCCUCUUGGUUCACACCUUUCCUGACACUCCUGUUAGUAUACGUGGAUGGAUUGCUAUUGGGGCGUUGGUAGUCUUACCCACGGUCUUCUUAAAGGAGCUAUCACACGUAGCAUGGUUGAGCCUGUUCAGUACACUAGCAUUGUUAGUUACUGUUACGGCAGUCACCGCUUAUGGAAUCAAAGUCAGCGAAAGAUGGGACAUUGACUCGAUCAAGAUUGGCACCAUGGAAACCUGCCCUGUAGGAAUUGGUAUCGUCUUAUUCAGCUAUGCAGCCCAUCCGCUUUUACCCGGUAUUGAACAGAGCUUAAAAAACAGAUCUAAAUUCCCAUUUAUUAUGAAUAUAUCUUUCCUCUUAGCGGCUGUUACAAAAAUAAUUUUUUCUGUAACAGCUUAUUUGGCUUUUUCUAACAAGACUAAAGAAGUAAUCACGAACAACCUUCCUGCAGGUGCUGUGAGGACAGUAGGGUGCAUCCUUCUCGUUAUCAAUGUUCUUUUCUCCUACGCAUUCCCCAUGUUCACAGUAAUUCAAUGUAUUACAACAUCCGUUGUCUCUAAGUGCUGUGUUCCUGACUCAUCUAGAAUAACGCCUUUUUUAAUCGGCCUUCGAGUAAUGUUAGUAGUGAUAACACUACUAGCAGCUUUGUUGAUACCACAUUUUGCUCUGUUAAUGUCCUUCAUUGGCAACCUAACUGGAACGUGUUUAGUCUUCGUUUUUCCUCCCCUUUUUCAUUUAAAAUUAAGGAAAAGUGUACUGCCUUGGUGGCAAAUUAUACUUAAUAUAUCGAUAAUUCUAUUUGGUAUAGCAGCUGGGUCAGUAGGGUUGUUUUCUUCAGGAACUGCUCUUGUUAAAGCUUACAUUCAAUAGAAUACGCCGCACAAAUCCUACGGUGAAUAAAGACUCUUUGUCUAGUGUACCCAUUUGGAUAUAUUUGAAUCGACAUCACAUUAAUUAGUUUAAACGCUUUAAAAAAUGUUGAAAACAUUAUAGAAA